UGUACACUAUGCAUACUAGUAAUAAAGCUAGCCAUUCAAAAGGACACACAACACACUUCACACUCACCACUUCACAACAAAAAUUCACACAAAACCCAAGUCCAUCAUGAGAAUUCACGCAUCUGGAUUUUGUUUUUUGGAGAUUAAAUAACAAAAAGUUUGAUUACUUUUUUACAAACAUUUCAAGAAAUGGCUUCUGGAAGUAAAAAAAUGAACAAAGCCACUGCACAGUUUAGAGUUGAUGCAAGACUACAUGCUGUUUAUGAACAAUCUGGUGGCUCUGGUAAGUCUUUUGAUUACUCGCAAUCACUCAAAACCACAUCGCAAUCGUCGAAUCCCGAGCAGCAAAUAACUGAAUAUUUAUCAAAUAUACAAAGAGGUGGUCACAUACAACCAUUUGGUUGCAUGAUUGCUAUCGAUGACUCGAGUUUCAAAGUCAUCGCGUUUAGCAAAAAUGCUCGGGAGAGACUGGGGUUUGUGCCCCAGUCUGUCCCGAGCAUUGAAAAACAAGAAGUCUUGACUAUUGGCACUGAGGUCAAGACUCUGUUCACCCCCUCGAGCUCAGUGUUGCUGGAACGGGCUUUUCGGGCCCGAGAGAUUACACUUUUGAACCCAGUUUGGGUUCAUUCGAAGAAUUCGGGCAAACCCUUUUAUGCGAUUUUGCAUAGGAUUGAUGUUGGGAUUGUGAUUGAUUUAGAGCCGGCUCGGACUGAGGAUCCAGCCCUGUCGAUUGCCGGGGCGGUCCAGUCGCAAAAGCUUGCGGUUCGGGCCAUUUCGAACUUACAGUCGUUACCCGGUGGGAAUAUUAAGUUGUUGUGUGAUACCGUUGUGCGAAAUGUGAGGGAGCUCACGGGUUAUGAUCGGGUUAUGGUGUAUAAGUUUCACGAAGACGAACACGGUGAAGUUGUGGCAGAGAGCAAACGGGACGAUUUAGACCCGUAUUUGGGCUUGCAUUAUCCCGCAACGGAUAUCCCUCAAGCUUCAAGGUUUUUGUUUAGACAAAACCGGGUUAGAAUGAUAGUUGAUUGUCACGCGAUGCCUGUUCGCGUGAUCCAAGAUGACGCGUUGAUGCAGCCGUUGAGCCUAGUGGGCUCGACCCUCCGGGCUCCUCAUGGCUGCCACGCGCAAUACAUGGCUAACAUGGGCUCCAUAGCCUCAUUAGCCAUGGCAGUUAUUAUUAACGAGGUAGAUGACGAAAACACGGGCCAAAGACCGUCAAUGCGACUAUGGGGACUCGUCGUGUGUCAUCACACGUCAGCUCGUUACAUCCCAUUCCCUUUACGCUACGCGUGUGAGUUUUUAAUGCAAGCAUUCGGGCUACAACUAAAUAUGGAACUACAGUUGGCCGCACAAAUGUCCGAAAAACACAUUUUACGAACACAAACAUUAUUAUGCGAUAUGCUUCUUCGCGAUUCGCUAACAGGCAUCGUGGCGCAACGUCCAAGCAUCAUGGAUCUAGUGAAAUGUGACGGUGCGGCACUUUAUAAUCAAAGAAGGUACUACCCGUUAGGGGUAACCCCGACCGAGGCCCAAAUCAAAGAUAUCGUCGAGUGGCUAGCUGCGUGUCACCAAGACUCAACCGGUUUAAGCACGGAUAGUUUAGCCGAUGCGGGUUACCCAGGCGCUGCGGGUCUAGGGGACGCGGUUUGUGGGAUGGCAGUGGCUUACAUUACCUCAAAAAAUAUAUUAUUCUGGUUCAGAUCAAACACAGCAAAAGAGAUCAAAUGGGGUGGGGCUAAACAUCAUGCGGAAGAUAAAGACGACGGUCAACGAAUGCAUCCGCGGUCUUCGUUUAACGCGUUUUUAGAAGUGGUGAAGAGUAGGAGUUUGCCAUGGGAGAAUACUGAAAUGGAUGCAAUUCAUUCAUUGCAGUUAAUCUUGAGAGAUUCUUUCAAAGAUGUGGAUGAAUAUAACUCGAAAAGUGUUGUUCGUACACAAGUUAAAGAGCUCGAGAUGCACGGUGUGGAUGAGCUUAGCUCGGUGGCCCGUGAAAUGGUUAGGUUGAUUGAGACUGCGACUGCGCCUAUACUCGCAGUUGAUGUUGAGGGGAGAAUAAACGGGUGGAAUGCGAAAGUGGCAGAGUUGACAGGCUUGUCGGUUGAGAAUGCGAUGGGGAAAUCGUUGGUUCAAGAUCUUGUUUAUAAGGAAUCAGAAGAAACCGUUGCUAAUCUUUUGUAUCGGGCAUUAAGAGGUCAAGAAGAUCAAAACGUGGAGAUCAAACUAAGGACCUUUGGCUCAGCAACAGAAGAACCCGCAGUUUUUUUGAUCGUCAACGCUUGUUCUAGCAAAGAUUACGCACAAAACAUAGUCGGUGUCUGCUUCGUGGGCCAAGAUGUCACACACCAAAAGGUGGUCAUGGACAAAUUCAUCCAAAUUCAAGGCGACUACAAGGUCAUUGUUCACAACCCAAGCACGCUAAUUCCACCAAUCUUUGCAUCCGACGAGAACAUGUGUUGCUCCGAGUGGAACACUGCGAUGGAGAGGCUAACCGGAUGGGCCCGAGCCGACAUCAUUGGGAAAACAUUGGUGGGAGAGAUUUUCGGAAGCUUUUGUCGUCUAAAAGGCCCGGACUCUUUAACAAAGUUCAUGAUCCUUUUGCAUAAUGUGAUCGGCGGUCAAGACACCGAUAGAUACCCGUUUUCGUUCUUUGACAAACACGGUAAUCAUGUUCAGGUUCUUUUAACCGCGAACAAAAGACUUAACACGGGUGGAGCAGCUAUCGGCGCAUUCUGCUUUUUACAAAUCGCGAGUUCUGAGUUACAACAACUUCUUAAAGUUCAAAUGCAACAAGAAAAGAAAAGCUAUAUUAGAAUGAAAGAAUUGGCUUACAUUUGUCACCAGAUCAAGAACCCGUUGCGUGGAAUUGGUUUUGCGAAUUCUCUUCUUGAAGCGUCGGGUUUAACUGAUGACCAAAAGCAGUUGCUUGAAACUUGUGUGGCUUGUGAGAAACAAAUGUUCAAGAUCAUAAAAGAUGUUGAUAAAGAAAACAUCCAAGAGGGUUUUUUAGAGAUUGUGAAGCAUGAGUUUUUACUAGGGAGUGUGAUUGAUGCUGUGGUUAGCCAAGUGAUGUUAGAGCUGCUGGAUAGAGGUCUGCGGCUGAUACGCGAUAUUCCCGAGAAUGUCAAAACGUUGACCGUUUAUGGUGAUCAACCUCGGCUUCAACAGGUGUUGAUCAACUUCUUGUUGAAUAUAGUGCGUCAUUCGCCAUUACAUGGUGGUUGGAUCGAAAUUCAAGUUCGCCCGACCUUGAAGCAGGCUUCUGAUGGAAAAAAUGUUGUUCAUAUUGCCUUUAGGAUCAUGUCUCCUGGUGAAGGCCUUCCACCAGAACUGAUUAAAGACAUGUUUGACAACAGUCAAUGGUCAACCAAAGACGGGUUAGGACUACAAAUGUGUCGAAAGAUUCUAACGCUUAUGAACGGUGAAGUGCAAUACAUUAGAGAAUCAGAAAGAUGUUAUUUCAUUAUUGUUCUUCAACUUCCACCGCAUUGAUUAGGCAUUUAGGUUCUGUUGGGCUUGACUAGUUCUUCCCAAAGUCAAAAUUGAUGAUUGUCAACUCAACUCAAGUCAACAAAUAACCUGCCCGAUUGAGAAGUCACGUUUUUGAGAUUUUGGACCGGUUUUUGACAUGGGUUUGUCAAGUGGUUUUUGUUAAGUUAACUCAUGUUGUACUAAUUUGUAUGUACUAAACAUAUGGAUUUUAUGGAUUAUAAUAUCUAUCUAAUAUGUAUAAAUUUGUAUGAUUUUUUUUU